GAAUCAUUCUUUCUAACUCUACCUAAUAAAAGAGUCCCUAGUUGCAGGCUGUUAAAGGAACACUUAUAAAUAAAUUUAGACUCUAGAGUACUCUAGACUCAAUUAACAAUCUGAUUUAAGGUUCUAAAUAAUAGAUCUAGAUAUAUAGUGAUACUGUUUGUUAAUAAGGGAUUAUGUCGGCAAGCUACACAAUAUUUUUCGCACUUUGUUUUGCUUUGGUAUCAUAUUUAUUUUUUAAAUAUUCGGAUAACAAUGUGAACCGAGAACGUGUAAUUAUAGAUUCAUGGACUGAUUUUAUUAAACCACCAACAAAGCAGUUUCAGAAACUUUCAGUCGGGGUCAAUUCUAAUAUUGACAUUAUUGUAUCAGGAGUUUCCCUGCUAAAAGCCUUGAACAUCUCCCCAGGUAAUAAGAAAAAUAACAAUGUUUUAAGUUCUUUUAGUGAGCUGCAAGAAACUUUCUCAUACUAUUUUGCUAGAGGGAGUGCAGCUGAACGAACAUUUGCAGACCAAGUGGUGUAUCAAAAAAUUAUACAAGCUGCUGAGACACUUAGGGAUGUUGAGCAUUUUAUAGGAGGGAAUGCUGCUCUGAUGGCGAAAAAAGCCUCAAGUCUUUUUCCAAAAUUGAUUAUACAUUUUGUUGGACCAGUUGGACCUCUUCUUGAAAGUUUGAUGCCUAAAUCCAUCAAGAUUCCUGAGUCAUGUCAUAUCCCUAAGGAUGAAAUACACCUCAUAAUGGAAUACAAAAUUGGAGAGAAGUGGGGAAAUCUUUCGGCUCCUGUUGCGAAUCGAUUCAUCACUAGCCAUGAUGAAUCAAAUUCGAAAGUUGUAAUGCUAGAACCUUUCUUUGAGAGUAUUAAAGUCUUCCAGCCAGAUCUUAUGCUUCUUUCGGGACUCAACAUAAUGGAUGGUCAAAGUCAAGAGUUUUUCAAUGAACGCUUCACUAAACUUGUAACACUUCUGAAGGAUGUACCAAGUUCUAUACCAGUACAUUUAGAACUGGCAAGUAUGGCUACCAAAGACUAUGUUAAGCUUAUUAUUGAACAGGCUGUACCGAAUGUGGACUCACUUGGUCUCAAUGAACAAGAAAUAGUGUUUGCCUCUAAAGCUUUAGAUGGACCACACCAUGAUCACUUUGAUGACGACCAUACGGGGCAGCCAGAAAUUUAUAAAAUCUCUGAUAUUAUGCUGUGGACCCUGAAGACAUAUGGCAAAUCUACCCAGCAUCCUUUGUCAAGGUUAACACGCAUUCACUUCCACUCUCUAACAUUUCACAUAAUUGCUGUUGAAGAAUCUGCCUGGUCAAACGUGGACAAAGCCACUGCUGCAGGGGCCCAGGUUGCAGGUCUGCAGGCAUGUAACAUUGCUAAAAUGGAUGAAAACUUGGUAAUGCUGAAGAUACCUCUGAAGUUUAAACUUUUUACAGGUGAUGUAGAAAAAGAGUUUGAUCCUCAUAAUCCUGUUAUAACAUGGAAAAAAGAUAAUUAUUAUUUUGUAUUUAGUCCUGUUUUAGUAUGCAAACAUCCAGUGAAAACAGUAGGUUUAGGUGAUGCAAUAUCAGCUACUGGUCUGAUGUUUUCUGAGUUUCAUUCAUAAUUUAUGUGGGUACAAAAAUCUGUAACAGGAGAAUUUAAUAAAUUCCAUAUUGAUUUAUACAUUUAAGAAUUGAUGUAUUUGCAUUUUAUGAUUGUUAUUAUGAUAUUAUAUUUAAUGAUUUUCCUUUGCCCUUAUUCAAUGAAAAAGUUAUUUAGCUUUGCAAAUGAUGCAAUUUGAGUAGAAGAAUCAAUUUAACAAAAUUUACUUAUGAUUACAAUUUGUUGUUUUAAAUACACUGUUUGAAGUUAUAAAGGGCUACAUUGAAAUUUCUCUAAUAAUAGAUGAGCUUUUUUUAUUUGAUAGAUUUCAUGAUUUUUUUAACUGAUCCACUUUGAAUGUAUUUCAGUAAAUUUUCUUAAUAUCAUUUUCUUUUACUAUGAUUUUUAUUUUCUUAAAAUAAAUUCUCUAUGAACAUAAAGUUUUGCUAAGAGCACUUAAGAUAUAUGCAAUAAUUUAAACAUAUUUUUAGCCUAUGAUAAUGUAUGUCUUUUAUGUUAUAAUAUUCAUAUCAUUUUAAAAUAAGUUUAAAUCUAAUUCCUAACGACACAAGUCCAUCAAAGCCCCAAAUCUCUCUUGUAGUACACAAGGGCCAUACUAGUCAUCUGUGAUUGUUGAGGCUGAAGUGGUGGGUAUUGUUUCUUGACUCUAAAGAUAUGUGUUGUGUACACAGAUAGUAGAUCUAUAGGGCUUGUUCAGGCAAACAUGUUCUGCUAUAAACUGUGAUGUGCUUUUAAACUUUGGUCUCUACAUUUUUUUAAAUUAACAAAUCCAUUUGUUUUCUUAUCUAGUUAUAUGCUAGUAACAUGCCAUUUGUUGCUGAUAAAAUUAAGCCUGUACAAAAAUUGGAGAAUGAUGUUCAUAAUAACAAAACUACUGAUGUAAUAUUUUGAACUGAUGGUGCCCUGGACUUGUCUUUUUUCUAUACAAGGCAAAUAUCUACUUUAUUCAUCUUAACCCCCCUUCCCCCUUCCUUUCUUCAAAUAGAAAAUUAUAGUGUAUGAUCCAUUUUUCUUUUAUAUCUAGUUUCCAUGACACAGUUGCAAAUAUCAAUAAAAGCUUUAUUUAAUUGCCUAGAUCUUUGCUUUUCCUACUCCAACUAGUUAAUGAGUACACAAAAAGUGUGUGAGCCUUGUUGCUAGCACAUUAUGUAGCAUAGAAAUCCACCAGAUGGUAACAAUGUCCAACAACAGCAACAAAAAAAAAAAAAAAUAGAUUUUAAACCUUACUGUAUUUUGUUUUAUUUUUUGGAAUUGCACAGAAAACUUUCUACAGUGAAAUGUUGUUGAGAUUCUUUAGUUGUACUGUGUAUGUUUUGAAAAGUGUAUUCAGCUUUGUUUACAAGGUAUCGAGUAAAAGAAGGGAGGUGAUAAGAUUAUUAAUGCUGCUGUCAUGGCACUGAAGCCUAAGUGUGUGCUAUAUUCUUCUAUAGCUAACUUAAGAUACAGAUUAUCAGAUAAUGCAUUUCAUCUAUAUGUUAUUUUUAAACAAAGAUUGUAGUUAUAAUAAAUGAUAGUAGAAAUGUUAGAAUUGUGUUUAAGUUACAAUAUAAAAGAGUUGACUUCAGUAGUCAUGUCCAUUUAAAAAAAAACAGGAGUGGUUUGGGGGGGGGGGAUCAAGACUAAGAAAGAUAGAUAACCUGCUUAAUUGUUGACCACAAUUUUUCUUGUAGUCCUCCUCUCCUAUUGCAAGUUUGUUUAUAGAAUAAGUAUAUUUUGUAGUUAUAGCAUUCAACAUCAUUUUUUUGUCUGUAUUCUGGAACCUUUUUUUAAAAAUAUUUAAACAUCGUAUCCAUCAGUAAAAUGAAUUAUUUUAUGAUUGAAUUCUUGCAUGGUUUGUUCAGCCACAUCCUUGUUCCCAUUAUUUAUACUUGUGUUUGUCUCUUACUGCUUACCAAUGAAUGUGUUCAAUCUUCACUGCAGUUGAUGGUAUCAAUCUUUUGUUUGUAACACAUUCCUCUAUAUCCAGAUAACGCAAACCUUAAUUUUGUUUUCCUUUUAUAUUUUUACUGGCACCACUUAUAAUUUUUGUUGACAAAUCAAGUACUUAUGUUUAUGUGCAUUUAAAAUAGUACAUUAUGUAAUGAUCACUAAUUAUUACAUUCACAUGUUCAGUAUUGAAACUAUUCAGAUUGCACUCUAUUUAGUUUUCACUCUGUAUAAAGGGACAUAGUGUUCUAGUUUUAUUCCUAUGUUUUAAAUUUAUUCAGUUACUCUUGACUAGACUGUUCUGUAAUACUCGGGUUUUAAUUUCUCAUUUUUUUUAAUUAUGAGAAUUGAAAAUCUGAACAUGAAGUGAUCUUAAAUGUAUUUUUCCAUUUCUUUGUUGGACCUUUAGGCUAGGCACCACACUUCACUUGAUCUUUAAACAUAGAAGAAAAUGAACAUGAAUAAAAUGUUGCUCUACAGAUUGAAAUAUAGAUUUGAGCAUAAGUGAUGUUAUAGCUCCACUGUUAUUUUGGGAUGCUCUCUAACAUUCUCCUGUUAUGCCAAUUUAAUUUUUUUAGCUUAUAAUUGGGUUUAUUUAAAGUGGAUAUUGAUUUUAAUUUCUGUCAGUUGAAAAAUAUAAUGUAUAAAAAUGUAUUAGGAUUUUAUUUCAAGGCUUACACUAAACUAAAUAAGCUUUUUUUUUUAAUUGGAGUGAUCAGCAAGUCUUAAAGUUAUCAUACAUCAAGAUAGUUUGAUCAAGUAUUUUAACAUCUAAUGAUUUUAAUAAAGGACUACUUUUAUCCAAUGUUAUGAAGCUAUCUUUUUAUGACCAAAUCAAGUGAAUUAAGUGAAAUGGGAAUAAAUGUUUUAUGAUCCCCCCCCCCUCCCCAUUCAGUUUAGUAAAAUGACAUAGCUCCCUUUGUGAUGAGCACAUUUCUCAUUUCCUAUGAACUGGAAGAUGGGGAUAAACUCUAAUCCUGGCUAUAAAAAGCCAGCCUACUGUAGAUCAGCUUGCUCUCUCAGCCUUUGGUUGGCUCUGCAAUGCAUGAGGGCUGCUCUCCUUGCCUUGUAUUUUGAGAUUCCUACACUCAGAUUCACACCAUGAGGAGUGAUUGAGAGCUAGUGUUCACCAAUGGUGAAUGUCAAUAUCACACUCCUUGAGAGGGCUCUUAAAGAUGUCUUUGUAAUGCUUGUGUUGGCCCCAUGAGAGCGCUUUCCUGCAUACAGCUCCCCAUAAAGAAGUUUUUCGGAAGGCAAUUUUCUGGCAUACAGACUACAAGUCCCACCUAUCGAGAUUGGGAUCUUUUAGCUGUGGCAUGGAUGCUGUUCAUAUUUAUAUGUAAAAUGGUAUUACACGAUCAAAGUGUGUUUUGUCUUCAGUGAGUAGCAGUCAUUAAAUUACUUUUAUCGAAAUGUUCAUUAAGACUCAUAAGUUGAUUAAAGAGAAGAUACAAUUUUGUUUGUCAGUUGAAACUUUGCUCAGAAUAUAUUGUUACAAUUUUUUUUUGACAAAUGCUCAUUGUGAUUUUGUUUUGAAGGUAGUCAGACCAAUACAUUUUUUUUUGGCCACUGCAUUUUACUAUGGAAAUAUAAAUAAAUAUAUGCAAUUUCUA